AUGGCUACCCUUGUACAGAGCUAUGGCCUGCAGCUGGUGGAUCGCAGCGGCAAAGACUUUGAUGUGCAGCAGCUGACCGCAUCUGACGUUAUCGCGUUGUACUUCAGUGCUCACUGGUGCCCGCCCUGCAGGGGAUUCACGCCGCUCUUGAAGAAGUUCAAUGACACUCUCCAAUCACUGGGAGAGCAGUCUUUGAGAAUCAUCUUCGUGUCAAGCGAUAAUUCCGAGAAGGAAAUGUGGCAGUACAUGUACGAAUCGCACGGUGACUGGCUGGCGUUGAAAUACGACUGUAAAGAGCUAAAGGACCGCUUGUCUCGGCAAUUCCAGGUCUCUGGAAUUCCUGCGCUGAUCAUUCUGGAUAGCCUGGGCCGCCAGGCUGUGAAAGAUGCACGUUCAGAAGUCAUGGCAGCUGCGAGUGCAUCGUCCACGCAGAUCCUGGCGACACUGUCCGGAUGGAAAGCGGCUGCCGGCGUUGCUGCUCAGGUGGACACGUCUACGCAGAUUCCGUCUGGAACCUCCGUUCGUGUGCGUGGCCUGCAGGGCGCGCCUGAGAACAACGGCCUGGAAGGCGUCGUGCAGAGUUUCGAUUCUUCGAAGCGGAGAUACGUGGUUCAGAUUGGCGAGAGGCCACUUUCACUGAAGGCUGCAAAUCUGCUGCAGCUUCUCAGUCUGCAGGUUUGUCGUGGCGAGGGCGAGGAGCCCUCCGAGUGGAUUGAAGCUCAAGUUGCAGACUUCGAUGAUGCGACAGGGCAGUAUCUUUGCCGCCUCUCAAAGGAGGCCGACGAGGUGCUGCCCCGGGACCUCCGCCAGCCUUCGCAAGCGCGGCUGGGCGUGGGCGCCAUCGUGGCGGUGCAGGGCCUGCAAGCCGGAGAGUGGAACGAGAAGAACGGGAAGGUCACUGAGUUUGAUGAGGAGCGGCAGAGGUACCAAGUGCAGGUGGAAUCUGGCAAGGCACUGAAGAUCAAGCCAGAGAACAUUCGCUUACCUGGAGCCUGGAGCCUGCGGCUUAAAGUAGCCAUGGGUACUGUGAUGGAGGAGCGCGUGAAGGCAAUGCUCGGGCCGUCCCUGAAGCCCGAGAUGAAGACGAUGAUGCAAGAGCUGGGCGAGAACUUCAAAUUCCCGGAGUGGAAGUACAGGAUGAACAAGCUGGACUCUUGCAGCAGUGAGGAGGCUUCUAUGUUCGGCGGUGGCGCGGCCUUUGCGCCUGGUGGCCAGAGCCAGGGGCAGGCGUCUCUGACUGGAACGAUCCCCAAGCAGUCUCUACUUCACGAGUUGGUCGGCAUCGACAGAAUGGAGAAGGUGGUCAAGCAGCUGGAUAAAGGCACAGACAUCAAUGUGCUUGACUGCAUGGGCGAGACACCACUCUUCUGGGCUGUCUCUGCAGAGGCAGUGGAGUACUUGGUGAGAGAGGGGGCUGACAUUCAGCAUCGGAACUCGAUCUGCCAGUGCUCGGCCUUCUACAAGUUCGCGUGCCAGGGGAGCCACAAGCCGCUCAAGGCUCUAGCGCUGCAUCUGCGGAAGGCUGGUGUGUUGGAGAAGUACCUGGACGAGCCAGCUUCCAUCACGAAGAGAACGCCUUUGCAUGCUGCAGCUCACAACGGCUUUCUUCAGACGGUGAAGGAACUUCUGUCCAUGGGUGCAGACCGUGAUGCCCAGGACUACUUGGGGAAGACGCCGCUAGACCUGGCGCGGGAUCGUGGCUUCAACGAGGCUGCACCUGCCCAGCAUGGAGUUGCUUUGGCAUUGCUUGGAUGUUCCGCCCUGCUUGAUGCAUUCAGGUUGUGA